AUGAGAGACUCACCUCACUGGCCAAAUCGAAGCCAAUACCCUCGAUUUGACGAUGAGGAAAAAGAAGUACAGAGCGAGAGGCUACUAAAGCGCAAGAUCGAGAAAAGAAGAUAUUUGUCUGACGAUGAGGGAGAGAAAGCCCAGGACAGGAGGCUACCAAAGAGAAGGAGAGCAGAUCUUCAUUGGUCAGACGAAUCGGAUGAUGGUGGAGAAGGGGCGUCGAGGAAGAGACUUGGUGGAACUCUCGAUAGAGCUAUCAGAAGGAGCGGAUUAGAGCGAAACUCUCACUCGCCCGCGAAGGUACCUCCAAUCGGAGCCUAUGCUGCUCCAGAGUCAUCGCAAGAAGUUGCAGCGCCUAGCACUUCAAACCCUCUAGGCAGAUUGAAACGGUGGGAUCCGAAAGCAGAGCGACCCAGUCCGAAAGUGAAACCUGAGGAUCUAAAGCGAAGGCAAAGGCACUUCCUCUUCAAAGCAUCGAAAGCUGAGCUUGAGAAAGUCGAACUUCAUGUGUCUACCCUGCGCCGGAAAGUACAUACAACGAACAAAGACGCAUGCUGGCUACUACCACAUUACGCUAUUUCCCGUUCGGCAAACGGCUCAAUCAGCUGGCGGACACAGUUCCAGGACAGCCAAUGCACAAAGCAAAGAGUCACAUUCUCUUACGGUAUUUUCGCUAAGUUGGUUGAGGGCUCACUCACACCGCAUGACAAAGAGAUGAUAAUCGAGAAAAGCUGGGAGUUAUCUCAUCGUUGCCACAACUGGACAUGUCUAAACACGCGCCACUUCGCCAUUGAAUCUCACGCGGCCAACAUGCGACGGAGAAAGUGCUUUCAUCUUUUUUAUUGCUCGUGCAAACCAAAAUGCUUGAGCGAUUUGAAGAAACCGAAUAAGUCGUUGAGUCCUCCUUCACCGGGAACCAAAGCGCUGGCAAAUUCUAUAUCCGCUCAUACGAAACAGUCGCACGUGCAGCCCCCGGCGCCUGCUACCACUGAUUGUCAGAUUGUCCCUGUCUCCCGACAAGCUCAGGCAGUUCCCGGCGAGCCCUGA